AUGACUGACCACAAGACGGCCUUCGUGGUCGAGCACCUGGACCCCGAGCUAGGUCCCUGGUCAGCGCUGGAAUAUGCCUGCAUUUCUCGCGAAUCGCAUGCGCGCGGGGUUCGCUUCCUGCUCAGUUCGGUGCCCGCUUCGCUGCAGAUGCCCGCCGACUUGGCUGCGACCCAAGGCCUCGAGGUCGAGCAGCGCAGUGUCGAGGAAAUCUUUGCAGACCGCAAGGACAAGGUGUGUCUACUGGACCCCGCCGCAGAGGUUGAAUUGAGCCCCGCGGAUGGCGAUCACUUUGAGGUUUUCUUGUUCGGCGGCAUUCUCGGUGAUGAUCCGCCUCGAGAUCGCACUUCAGAAUUGAGGAAAAAGGGCUACACCGGCCGACGGCUGGGGCCUAAGCAGAUGACGACCGACACUGCCGUGCGGGUCACUCGCAUGGUGGUCCAGGAGAAAGUGCCGUUGGAGCAAAUUCCCUAUGUCGACUACCCGGAGUUGCUGAUCAACGAGCAUGAACGGACCGAAAUGCCUUUCCGCUACGUCACUGAUUCUACGGGGAAACCGAUCAUGCCCGAUGGGAUGGCGGAUCUCAUCAAGCAAGAUGCCGACAAGGGUGUCGAUGACUUGUUCUGA